UCCUAGGCAGUGCAUCAUCCUGGGGCAGGGCCGCCCCGCCUUCCGGGGACACUCCCUUUUGCCUAUAAGGGCCGCGCUCUGCGCUCUCCGCAGAUCACGCACCUCGCCCAGACAGCCCAGCAUCGGCCUCACCAUGGAGCAGUUGAGCGCGGCAAACACCCGUUUCGCCUUGGACCUGUUCUGCGCCCUGAACAAGAGCGAUCCUGCCGGCAACAUCUUCAUCUCCCCCUUCAGCAUUUCAUCAGCGCUGGCCAUGGUCUUUCUGGGGACCAGAGGCAAUACCGCAGCACAGAUGUCCAAGGCUCUCUAUUUCAAAGAGGUUGAGGAGAUUCAUUCGGGAUUUCGGAGUUUGAAUGCUGAUAUCAACAAGCAUGGAGCUUCCUACAUUCUGAAACUUGCUAACAGGUUAUAUGGAGAGAAAAGCUUUGAUUUCCUCCCUGAGUUCUUAGCUUCAACUCAGAGAAUGUACGGUGCUGAACUGGCCAGUGUGGAUUUUCUGCAGGCCACCGAAGACGCAAGGAAGACCAUAAAUGAGUGGGUCAAAGGGCAGACGGAAGGGAAAAUUCCAGAGCUGUUGGCCUCAGGUGUGGUUGAUAGCAUGACUAAGCUGGUGCUGGUGAAUGCCAUCUAUUUCAAAGGAAACUGGCAGGAGAAAUUCAUGAUGGAGGCCACAAAAGAUGCAGCUUUCAGACUGAAUAAGAAAGACACAAAACUAGUGAAAAUGAUGUAUCAGAAGAAGAAGUUUCGGCUUGGCCACAUCAAGGACCUUAAGUGCCAGGUGCUGGAACUGCCCUACCAGUGUGAGGACCUCAGCAUGGUCAUCCUGCUGCCGGAUGACAUCCAGGACGAGUCCACGGGGCUGAGGAAGAUUGAGCAACAGCUGACUUUGGAAAAGCUGCGUGAGUGGACCAGACCCGAGAAUCUGGAUCUCCUUGAGGUCAAUGUCCAGUUGCCCAGGUUUAAGCUGGAGGAGAGCUACGAGCUCAGCACUCUGCUGGCCUCCCUGGGUAUGCAGGAGCUCUUCAGUAGCAACGCUGACCUGUCCGGCCUAUCAGGAGCCACAGGCCUCUCUGUAUCGAAGGUGGUCCACAAGUCCUUCGUGGAGGUGAACGAGGAGGGCACAGAGGCGGCGGCUGCCACCGAGAUCACCAUCGUCCGCCGCAUCUUGCAGUUGACAGAGGAGUAUUUCACCGCCGACCACCCAUUCAUUUUCUUCAUUCGGCACGAUCCCUCCACUACCAUCCUGUUCCUCGGUAGACUUUCCUCCCCAUAGAGACCAGAAAUACAAGGUCAAGCUUGGAGCAUUUUACCUGCCCUUUCAGUGGUGACCAUUUUCAUAGAUCUUUACCAGUAUAACUACUAUCCAAAAAUGAAUCUUUAAUCUCCUUUGUAAGCUCAGUCCUGUUGUCUGGUUACACCCAUUAACUUGGCAUGGGCA